CGUUAUAAAAAUGAACUUACGACUCAGUUGCGUAGAAAGAGGUACAGUGAUUUCAAUAUGGACAAGAGCAUGCUAGGAGAUCUGGAUAAUCUUCCGGAGGAAGAUAAGCUCAGAAUGUCCUCCAUGAUCGACCAGCUCCAGAUUCGUGAUAGCCUGAGGAUGUAUAAUUCACUAGUGGAGAGAUGCUUUAAUGAUUGUGUGGACACCUUCAAGCACAAAUCCUUGCAAAAGCAAGAGGAAACCUGCGUGCGGCGAUGUGCUGAGAAGUUUCUAAAGCAUUCAAUGCGUGUUGGCAUGAGGUUUGCCGAGCUCAACCAAGGAGCAGCCACACAAGAUUGAACUAUUUAAAAACCAACGGUGGAGAAGCCAUUGCUUUUUUAAGUUGUAGACGAGCAUUGCUUUGUUCCUCUAUUUGUAUUUCCCCUUCGCUUGUAUCCAAUGAAAAUCUGAACAUUGUAGAUACAUGCAGGAUAACUUGUUAUUAAUAAUUUCAAGCAAGAGAUCGACCGUGCUAAGUGCUAAACCCCUGAGCGGUUUUGUAGAAAUUUUAUGAAUGAAUAUAUUUAUUCUUUUUUUUUUUU